AUGAAUGUCACUUCACAUGAUGUUCUCUUAUGGUCAUCGUCGAUCGAUCUUGCUGAACGAUAUCAAUAUUAUAUUGAUCAACCAACAAAGUCUAAUCGAUUAAAUGAACAUUUCUUUAAUUGCACGCUACCAUGGUUUGGAUCUCAUUGUCAAUAUUCAUUUAAAUUACCGUUGAAUUUAACCGAAAGUUCAUUAAACAUGCAGUGGAAAUCUCAUCAGACAUGUUACAUUUUGUUAGAAUGUGAUCGUGGUGCGGGAUCAAUAUGUCUCGAUUGGCGUGAAAUAUGUAAUGGUCGAAUUGAUUGUUUCAACGAUGGUGUUGAUGAAAGCCAAUGUUUUGAAUUAGAAAUCAAUGAAUGUAAUGAAAACAAACGUCGAUGUCAUAAUGGUUUGUGCAUUCCGAAAUGGUUUUGGAAUGGUGAAUUUGAUGAAGCCGAAUGUCUUGAUAAAUCCGAUUUAUUGGUUAUGUCUGGCUGUCCAAAUACGUAUCUAAAACUUCAUAUUUUUGCCUGUGCAGAAUAUACUUGUCGACCCGAUGAAGGUCAAUUUCCAUGUGGUGAUGGACAAUGUGUUGAAGAUUUUGGUCAAUGUCGUAAUGGACGGCAUCGCCUAUUGAUUGAGUCACUUAGUGCUCAAGGCAAUCUACCAUAUGAUUGUUGGAUAGCUAUGGUUUGUCUUAGUAAAAUAAUCGAUCAAGUUGACGAAGUAUCAUGUGAACAGUUGGUUAACCAUUCUGAGAUUCUUCGUCGACUAGAAACGUGUGAAUAUCCUGUUCAAUUUCCUGUUAUACCUGUGCUAUUAGGUCACGUACGUUUUUUAUACGAUACAAAAGAAAUAUUUAAUAUCAGCUCUCAAUUAGCUCUCUUACCCGACUAUAUCUGUUAUGAUGAAGAAUUAUGCGAUUUUCUCACGCCUACAUUUCAUCAUGGAAAUUUGACUUGUCGAUAUGGUUAUGAGAUGGGUCUUGAACCAGAUUUCGAAGUCAACGACUGGAAAUCAAUCGUUGAUUUAGUUAAACCUCAUUUUCAUGGUUGCAUUACUCGACAUUAUCACAACAUUCGGUCGUCUGAUGUAUCAUUGUAUGCUUGUAAGAAUUCGUCGAAAUACAUUUCUAAACAUCGACUCUUUGACGGUAUAUCGGAUUGCUUUUUGAACGAUGAUGAACAAAUAUCUGAAUGGAGUUGUUCGUUGAAUGAACCAUACCGAUUCCAAUGUCUAGAUGACGUUCAAUGUCCAUCAAUUUCAUUACUAAAAAAUGUUUGUCAAUCUGAAAGACAUAAAACUUUUGAUCAGAUCUUAUUUUAUGAAAUCUGCAAUCGAGUCACCGACGUUUCUCCAAUGAUCAUCAACGAUAGAGUUCAUUCAGAUGAGACCGAUUGUGAGAAUUGGCCAUGUAACAAUGUUUACACGCGAUGUGAUGGUUUUUGGUCUUGUACUGAUGAAAACGAUGAAAAAAACUGUACACGUCCGCUUUGUCCUGAACAGUUUCUUCCUUGUAUUUCAACACAUAAUUCUACAUUAAUUUGUUUACCAGCAAAUCAAGUUGGUAAUGGAAUCAUUGAUUGUCUCGGAGCAUCAGAUGAACUUGAAUAUUGUCGACAGAAAUAUAUCAAUGAACAAACUUACAGAUUUUAUUGUCAAAAUGAUACGACAUGUAUCGAACAUUAUCAAUUAUGUGAUGGCGUUGAAGAUUGCCUAUUGGGAGAUGAUGAAAAAUUCUGUGGAAAUCGUUCACAACUAUGUGAACAAACAAAUCUUGAUGAUCUUACCGAUAUAGAGUAUAUUUUAUGUCGCAUUGUUUCGAUACAUAGAUAUUUUUUUUCAUUGCAAACUGCAUUAACUUAUCCGUUAUCGCCAACUGUUCGCAUUGAUUUGGUUGAUGAUAGUCCAUCAGAUGAACGAUAUGAAAAAUCUUCAUUUGAUGACUCUGCACGAUCUGGAUUUUGCAAUUAUGGUCUCUAUGUUUAUCAUCGACUUUCAUUUGACAAUAUUAGUGGUAUAUGUUUUUGUCCACCGAAUUAUUACGGUGAUCGAUGUCAGUAUCAAAAUCAACGUGUCAGUUUAACUGUCGUAUUGGGAUUUCUUCAAUAUCGAACAAUUUAUGCCAUUGUCAUUACUUUAUUUGAAGAUGACGAUAAUCGACAAAAAAUUCAUUCAUAUCAUCAUUUAACACAAGUACCAAAAUUUUGGUGUGGUCGACCUCAUAAUAUUUAUCUUUUAUAUUCAAUUCGGCCAAAAGACAACUCAAAAAAAUACAAUAUUCGCGUCGAUGCAUUCGACAAGACUUCAUUGAUCUAUCUAGCAAGUUGGUAUUUUAAAAUUCCGUUUGUUUUUUUACCAGUUAAUCGACUAGCUAUCUUUUUGACUCUACCAGCUUAUCGAGCAUCGCAUUUUGGUCCUUGUCCUGUUCGAUGCUAUAAAGGUAUUUGUACGAAAUAUCUUAAUGAAGAACGAUUUUUUUGUCGAUGUUAUCCUGGUUGGUCGGGUGCACAAUGUCAUAUUUCAAUUGAUUAUAGUUAUUGUUCGUCAAAUUCGGUCUGUGUUGGUUCCAUACACAAUCGAUCCAUCUGUGUUUGUCCUAUCGACAAGUUCGGUUCACGUUGUCUUCUUCAACAAGCAUGUCCAAAAGACUUUUGUCAAAAUAAUGGUCAAUGUGUAUUAGUUGAUGAUAGAAUGAUUGAUGAUAGCUACGUAUGUAUUUGUCCUGAACAAUUUGGUGGCAUCAGAUGUCAAGAAGUCAAAUCGAAAAUAGAAAUUUCCUUUCAAAAUAUCGAAAUUCCGUCAUACUUAUUCGCUUAUAUCUAUUCUGAUAUUGAUAACAUACAACCGACACUAACAUUUGUCAUACUACACAAAGUGAAAAUGUUUCAAAACAUUAUAACGUUAUAUUCUAUGCUUUGGUUUUAUCUAGUUAUUCUCAGGAUCGAUAUUAAUUAUUAUUUGGCUGUUGUUCAACAAACUCCUUUAGUAAACGUGUCAACAACGAUCACUCCUGCUCAACGAUGUGUUCCGUUUCAGGAAUUGUUCAAUUCUGAAUUACUCAAAUUACCACGAAUUCAUCGAUUGAAAAGUUAUCAUAUUCCAUGUCAAAAGAAUAUUGACUUACAAUGUUUUACCGAUGAAUCGUAUAUUUGUCUAUGUACUGUAGAACGUCAUAGUAAUUGUUUUCUAUUUGAUUUUAAUAUGACGAUUGCGUGUCAAGAUGAUGUUUAUUGUGAGAAUGGUGGAAAAUGUUUACAAGAUCGAGCAACAUGCCCAGAAAGUGUUCUAUGUGUAUGUGCUGACUGUUUCUUUGGUGAUCGUUGUCAAUUUUAUGCUAAAGGUAUUGGAUUAACAUUAGAUGAUAUGUUACGAUAUGUAAUUCGACCUAAUAUAUCCUAUAAUGAUCAAUCAAUUAUUAUUAAAUUGAGUGCAGCUCUAACAAUGAUAAUAUUUGUAACUGGUUUAAUAAAUAGUCUUCUUGCUUACUUAGUAUUUCAUCAGCCAAAUACUCAUACAGUUGGUUCUGGAAUGUAUCUUCAUAUAUUAUCGAUCGUUUCUGGUCUUGUUGUUAGUAUUUUGACAAUUAAAUUUUGGUUCGUCGUACAUACUCAUAUUAAUCAAUCGAUCCACCGUUGUAUUCUGCAUGGAGGAUGUGUAUUACUUGAGAUAGCUCUCAAAUUUUUCUUACAUAUGAGUAACUGGCUCAAUGCUUGCGUAGCUAUUGAACGCAUGUUUACAGUUUAUAAAGGAAUUCAUUUUGACAAGAAUUACAGCAAAUAUAUUGCACGAUGGACAAUUCGAUUUUUGCCAUUCAUUAUUUUGAGUCCGUUGAGUCACGAAUUUAUCUAUCGUGGAUUGUUUGACGAUCAUGAAGAACAACGUAUUUGGUGUGUAUUUCGUUAUUCUCAAUCGAUUGAACAAUAUAGUAGAACAAUUCAACUUUUUCAUUUUACUGUUCCCUUUUCUAUCAAUCUAUUCUCUGCUCUUUUCAUCAUAUACAACAUGGCUCGUCGACGAGCAAUAACUCAGAUUCGACAAAAUAAUGAACAUCAAUUUCUUGAACAACUCAAUGAACACAAACAACUUAUUAUCAGUCCGAUUGUUUUAGUCAUUCUAUCAUUACCUCGACUAAUCAUUUCAUUAUUAUCAGGAUGUAUAAAAGUGUCACGAAAUCCAUGGUUAUAUCUGUCAGGUUACUUUAUUUCGUUCCUUCCAUCAACGUUUGUCUGUGUCAUAUUUGUCCUUCCAUCGACAUUCUACAAGAAACAAUGUCAAGAGUUGAUCAUCAGUUGGCAACGACGAAUUUUUUGUUGUCGAACUUUUUCUUCGAACAAAUAA